GAACUAAAACACUAUUGUUCAGAACACACUGCAUCGCUUCAUUUGCGGAUCAGUGUCUAACCCUGUACUCAACUCGGUCUAUGUUAUUUUUAAUAGUCGACGUUUCGUUCAACGCGAUCUUGUAAAUAUUACUUGACCCGUAGUUUACUUACUGAUUAGUGCGUUGGCAUUCGUACGAAUUGUAUGUAAACAGUGACCGGUACACACAGAGUCUAUAUAAAUUUUGAUAAAAAAGAUAGUCGACAUUCUUCCGAGUUGUGGGAGUGAAAGAAAUGCACUGCAGGAUACAGGCUGCAUAAAAACUGGGCAGACGUCGUGGAAAGGGCUGCAGGAUUUCGUGUCGAAGAGAUAUCAAUCUUCAAACACCCUACCACAUAAUUUUUCGAAAUUGGAUGAGUUGAGGGCAGGUAUUGGUAGCAAGAAGCGUCGCAAAAUAUAAGCUACUUUACUAUGGAGUUUUUAUAUUGUUUCUUCCCUGAGGAGGCCGUCAAGAAUAUGGACGAACAGGAUAAUUUUAUCAGUUCACCGAAAUCAAAAGAGGAGGAUGAGAAAGGUGGCCCAUUGGAGCAACAGGAACAUGACACCAGCAUGAAAUUUCGAAUCAAAGAAGAAGUUUACCUGAAACCCGAUGAUGACAGCCGCAUUCAUUACAAAACAUCAAUGACAAUACCAGCAAACCCAGAGAUCGACGAAACCAUGUAUAAAUCUGAAGUAUAUUUCAUUCCAAAGUCAAACGAUACAUCCGAAUACUCCACAACCUUGUAUAUUUAUCCAAAACCUGAGAACGAGCCUGAAGAAGCGUUCAUUGCUCUUGAUGAGGACUUAGUUGACUCGGUGGCAAAAACACCGAUUAUUAUCGACAUGCCGAUGGGAAAGGGGUUGGAUGAGGAAUGGACAUGGUCAAGGAAGAUGUACGCAGCACUCGCACAGCAUUAAUAGGAUUUUCAAAAUGUCAAAUUAUUAUCUCGAGAUGUUGUUCAACAUGUUUGAUUUUAAUAAAACAAUUGCAGAGGCAAACAUCGGUUGGCAUAAUCGGUAAAACAGUUAAAAAUCUUUAGAUGAAUGUGUUGUAAGGACGCUUGGGAUGAUAUAAAAUUAAAUAUAUUAAUAUCAUUAAUUGUAUUAUUAUUAUUAUUAUUAUUAUUAUUAUUAUUAUUAUUAUUAUUAUUUGCCAUUGUUAGUAUUUUGAUGAAAAUUCAUCUCUCCACGAUGCUUUAAUUUAAAAAUUAAAUUUAAUCAUAUUAUGUAUUAAUAUCAUUAUAUAUUAAUAUUAUAUAUUGAAUGUCAUAUAUUAUUGUUAUUGUCACUGAUGUUGCUGUUAAUGUUACUGCUGCUGCCGUUGUCGUUCGUCGUCGUAGUUUUUAUCGUCGUUGAUAUUUGUGUACAAUAAUUCCGUGUGUCAGAGCGGAUCGACUGUGGAAAUGCACAUUGUGUUGACCGACGUUGUCCGCUUUUGGUUUUAAAGAAGUUUUUUUAAAUUAAAAUGAAACAUUGUUUAAGAUACCAUUAAAUUGAUAACUUAUGCGGUUUCUUUAAACGAGAAAUUCAAAGUUGAAUACAGUAUAAUGUUCUUUUUCCUAACAUUAAGAUAUGCGUCAUCCCAUAAUUGUUUUUGUACUUUACAAUAGUUUUAACAUUUGAUUCCCUUUUAAGAAUCCACUGGCAUGAUAUUUUCCGUCUGAUUUAGAAUUACAAUCAGAUUUUGUAUAGUGACAACGCUAAAUACGUAAUAUCUGUAGUGAAGCCUGAUCAGGCCUUGUAUGUGGUCGCAUGUCAACCGGCCUGUGCAGGUUAUAAUUGUAUAACACUUACUGAUAAAUGGCCGUACUACUAACUGCUAACUAUUAACGCAUAUAGCUUAAUAUAGGACACAAUAUUGUAGGCCUAUACAUAAAGUAGUCCUAUGCAUAUAUUAUUCAUUGAGGUCUAUUACCUGCAUGAACUAUAACGAAAAUACUAAUUUAAAUUGUUCUCAAUGUUCAUGAUACCGGGUAGGAGUUCCCCCUGUUGAUACUUAACCAUGUGUCUUUUCAGUGAAUAAUUUAUUAAGUCUGUGGACUUUUCUAGCCUCAUUGUGUAAAUAGCAUUUGAUGAGGCCAUAAGGAUAUAUGCUCCAGCGUUUGUUAAUAAUUAGUAUUUGAACUGAUUUAGGUCUAAAUCGAGUUCAUAAAUUCCUAACCACUCAGUGGCGGGUUCAAGAGGGGUGGGGCAGCCCCCCGCCCGCAAUUGUUCAAUAUUUUUUUUUUAAAUGAAGAUACAGUAUAAAGAAAAUUAUAUUCAAAGUUUAAGCCGCGCCUGAGAGUGCAAUUUCCGGCCAUCUAGAGGUGCCAUAAAAUUUUCUUACUCACCUCACCCCCAACCAUGGUGGGGCUGAGGUGAGAAAUAAUCCAUUUGUGAAUAUACCUCCCCGGGCCCCCUAUAUUUUGAAUUUCUGGAUCCGCCACUGACUAUCACUUUAACCGAAAGGUCCACUGGUUAAUCUCACAUAAGAAAGUAUAAUACAUCUCCAAUUGAAAUAUACGCCGUCGUGUUGGGAUUCAAUAUUUCGAGAUUAAUUAUGUCUUCAUGAAUUAAUGUCGAAAUAUUGAAUCCCAACACGAUGACGUGUAUUUCAAUACUUUGGAGUAUGUAUUAUACUUUCCUAUCACUUUAAGUUAUUGAAAGACAACCAGGGUUGUUACCUUGUACAGUACCUUGUAACCUUUAGUUAUUAAUGAUAUUUUAUUAUCAAUCACUGGACCAUUACCCUGGAGCGCCUCUGUUUAUAUUCUAAUAAAUAAACAAAAAACACCAUGGUGUUUUGAUUCAAUGAGA